AUGCGCGCCAAUGUAGCGGCCCUGCUGGCGCUGGCGCUGCCGGAGGGCCUGCCGUGCCUGGACCUCGCGGGCCGCAACGCCACAGCCGCCGCGAGCGCCGCGGCGCAGGGCUGGGAGCAGCUGAGCUCUGCGCUGGCGGCGGGGAGGUUCCCCGGCGCGACCGGUGACGUCCUCGCGCUGGCAGUCCCGAGGGCGACGUGCAGCUGCCAGUUGGACCGCUGGGACCAGUAUGCUGUGUGCAAGGGCGCGUACGAGCGGGGUGCCCAGGCGUUGUCGUUCGGCAUAAAAGGCUACGACGAGUGGGCGAGGCACGUCCAACACGAGCACGCGAGGCUCGUGCCGAAGCUGUACGACUGCUACGACACGAGGAAGCCCGCCGGGUUUGACAACGAGUUUUUCCCGACCUGCGUUGGCGGCAAGGCCGGGCAGAGGGGCGGCCGCGCCUUCGAGACCUUGCGGCGGCUGCUCCCCGCCGGGGCCAACCAGUCGGCCCGCCACCGCUCGACAUCGAGAGCAGCGAGUUCGAGGUCCUGGAGUCGAUGA